GAGGUGGCGGAAAUACGUCAAUUGUUCAGGGUAUUGGGAUUUACUCUAGACUACAAACGAAAAUGCAAUGUAGAGCGAAGUGGGGAGUGGGCUUUAAAUCUAACGUGUCUCUUUAACACCAUUUACCCAACGAUUUACUCAAGCUCAACGGGACAUUCGAACCAAGGAACCAAUCAUAUCAACUAAGGAACCACUGAAAGAAGAAUUCGAGGCUGGAUCUAUUAUGAAGACCGAACCAGGAUAAAGGCGAAUCGUUUUCUGGCUGAGGUUUGGUCACUUUGGCGUGAAGAUUGACAAGCUUUAAACAAAUAGCCUGCGCAUGGAUGGUUUUAUCUGUCAAUGGAUGGACAAUUAUUCACUUCACGGAAUUGAUUGCGUUGUGUGGAUUAUUAAUGUGGGAUCUCGUUUGCAUUUCAAACCCCAUAAGUAACAAUCAAUCGGGCAAUCAACAUUAAAAAGAGGAGUUAUUUGGGCUAUUUAUAUUUUAAUUGGAUUAACUGGAUCCGUCUAGCCAAGCACAACCGUUUUGGGGGGAGGUUAUGGCAGUGGAUUGACCAUGGAUUGGGCGGUGAUGGAAGUAGAAGAACCGUAGGAUAUGAUACAGCGUCAUAGCUUUGUCUGGCAGCUAGCGCUGUAGCAGCCAGACAACAAUUGUAACAAAGUUGCAGAACAAGUCAAUAUUAUUGUCUUGGUGAUGCCAUUAGAAGGGCAGCCGCUGUUCGCAUUCUAAUCGAAACCAUCCUUCGAAAAUGUUCUUGUCUGUUUUUGUUAUUGUUGGAUAGAUGAUUCUCUCAGAUCGUUGUCUGAAUUGUUUAUUUGAUUUGUAAAACAAAGCAAGGGCUCUUCUGCGCACUGUUACUUUCCAUGGACAUAGAACACAUUUCUCACUGUCUUGUGGUAUUCGCCUCGUCUCGGAGUUAUAAAAUGGACGGGAAAAUAAAGCGCAGCCGGAGGUCCAGAUCUCAACGAGACCGCGUGCGGAGAAGGGAUGCGAUUGACAGGAAUGAUCAAAACCGGAGUCCAUCAUCUGGCACCGACCGGGGGCAAAGUCCGUUCAGAAAAAAGGCCCUGUGUAAUUAUGGAAAAAUGACCAACUUGCAUUAUGUCCGACCCCCGCGUCCCUCUCGGAGAAAGAGACGGAGGUCAGUGUCUCAGGAGGAAGACAUUAUUGAUGGCUUUGCCAUAGCCAGCUUUAUCAAUCUGGAAUCUUUAGAGGUGGCUCUGAGGAAGACCUCAAAGAGCCGGAGGUUGCAGGAGGGUAAGGAGAAGUGGGAGAGCCAGAUGCUGAAGAAACAAAAGGCUCCUGAAAGGGCUGAGAUCCAUGUGAAUAUAUUCACUGACAAUGGAGCUGACUUUGAACAUGACCAGUAUGGAGAGAAGGAGCAGGGGAAGGUGAAAAACAACUCAAAGAAGAACAAGCAGGUGAAGGGGCUUCUAGGAAGGCAAGACAGAGCUGAAGUCACCAAAACACAGGGCACACCUCAGAGAAGCAACUCCAAAGGACACCAUAGUGAGAGUUCAUUCUCUGGUCGGGGAUAUUCGUGUGACAGUGAGAGUGACAUCGAUGACAAGGUUUCAGGGAUUGUGUCUGAUAAACUCUUCACACUAAGGAAAACUACUGGGCCCUCAGCUCUUGUCAGAGCUCAAAGACUGCAGGGAAUAGAGACUAAGGUUGUGUUUGGUGCUGGGAAAAUAGGCCGUUUGUUGAAUUUAAUGAUCAUUUUCUGGCAGUGAAUGGAAGAUCUAUUGGUGCGACUAACAAAUUGUAAGCACUUUGUAGUAUGAACAUGCAAAUUUUUCCAAGACACACUGGCUGUUACGAAGCUGCUAGUUGUUGCCUCAUUGUUGUUUCUAGAUGUAGGCCUAGUACAGAAGAGAUUAGAAGCUAUUCACCUCUGACUGAAGGUUGUUUCAGCUAAGUAUGGACACAUCAACAUCAGUAUUUAUCUGAAGUGGGAAAGAACAUUAAAUGACUAAGUUUUGUCAAACU